AUGACACUCAAGGCUGUGGCCCCGCAGCAGAGGAGAGCUGUGGUGGUGGUGGCGGCGGCGGCGGCGGCGGCGGCGGCAGCCAGAGCGAGCGGUAGCCGAGCUGGUGAGCGAGUGGGUGAAGGCAGAGAGAGAGGCAGGCUGGGUCCGCCUGGCAGCCUACGAGAAGAGGCGGGAGCGGGAAAGGAGGGGAGCCGAGGCCCGGCGUGGGGAGGCCGGCAGGAAGGGCUUCGAGCCCUGUGCGGACCUUUUUCAGCCUCUGAGCGGCCGCGCGGCGCGCUAGCCUCCUGCGCUGUGAGGACGCCCGGACUUCCCUCAGGACUAGGGCUCGGCGGGAGCAGAAAGAGCGAGACCUGGACUUGGCGGCGCGCCCCGUCCUGGGGGCUUCGGCGGGAGCGCUGCGAGUGCCCAGGCGCGGGACCCUGCAGCGGGAAAGCCGAGCUGGAAGAAACCUUGACAUGUCCUGGCGUGACCACUUCGUGCUCCAGAGAAAGAAAAGGCGGCUCUCGGAGCGAGCUUGAACACCGCGGCAGAACCCGGGGUGGAACUCAGCUCGCAGGCCCAGCACCACCAGGCUCCUUUCCCUUCACCAAGUUUGCAGCCAGGAGUAGAGAUGUUCCAGGAGGAUUUUCUAUGUUUAUCUGCUGGUUUCUGCUGACUCCAUGGGUAUCUAAGCUUAAGUACAGUGAUUGGAUAUACAAGCCCCAAGUCCUGGGGAGAGAAUUUGGGUUACAAAGUUGGAUGUGGGGACACUCAAACCUUGCCUCUUCACUCUUCAGCCUUACCCCUGCACUGUGCUAAAGGUGAGAAGAGAAAAACACUGAACUCCAUUUUACAAAAUGUGUUAGUAGGCAGAGAAGAUAGGAAAGAUCAAUGAAAAAAAAAGACUGUAUUGCAAGGAGAGAAUUGAAUGUUGAGAAAUCAAGCUUCUUGAAGUUAGGGGUAAGUUUAGGGGCUGAGAUGGCUCCAUACACUUGCACAGAAUUGCAUAUUUCAUUUGGUAUCUUACCAAAUCACAUUGUAGUGCUAAUUCUCUUUAACUGAAAGCCUCAAAUAUUUUGAUGACUAUAACUUUUAGAUUUGUAUUAAUUGAAUUUACAUGGGAGGGCCAGAACUGUUUCAUUUUAGUCUAAAGUUAAUGUUCAUGAUUAUGCUUCUGCAUUUGGUAGAACCAUCUUAUUAUGUUUUAGUAUUGGUUAUAGUAUUGGGAUGGAAUAUAUGGUCCAAAGUCUCCACAGCUUGAACUUCCUCUUAAAUGGCACUGUCAAUUAGUCACUCAGCCCUGCGUAAAAGAUCUGGGGACAGGCAAAAUGUGACUAGUUAAGUCUACAAGGGUAUUAGAUCAUUUUAGUCAGCAGAAAGUUCUGAAUGAUGUGCCUUUGGUCCUUUCGCACCUUUUUGUGUGAAGUUCCUGGACCAUACAGGAUAUACCAAGGCAGGGAAGAGAACUGCAAAAAUAUUUAAAUAAUUUCUUUACUUAAACUACAAUGUUCACAAUGUGUGGAGCAAUUUGACCAGCUCAAUAAAAGGAAGCAUGAAAAUAUUUUUUGUUGUUGCUCUGUGACUUUAAAGUCAUUGCAAUAUUUUUUGUAAAGGAUAAUGGCUACAUUAGUAAGAACUCUUCAUACUUUUGCUACCUAUUCAACAUAUGCACAGAACACAAUAGGCUAAUAUUGUAUUUGGAUCUGGUAUGUAUACUUUUUAUGCAGUGCUAUGCAGGUAUACUUAAAUGUCAAUAUCUGAAUUUAUCUUUCUUUUUUACUGUUUUGCUUUUUACUUACUCUGUACCUGUCAGUCUUUUAUCAUCAGCUUGCAUUCUACUAAACUCAAAAAGUUAUUUUCAUACCUACCAUUUUAAGCCCUUCAUACCAGAUUUUUUUAAACACCUCAGAAAUUCAGGUACUUCAGUUUCAUGCCAUCAAGUAGCAGUGUGUGCCCCCCCUUUUUCUUAUUUGAGUGAGUAGUUCAAUUGCUGUCACUCUCUACUUUGUGAUUCUAAAUCUUUUAAAACCAUCUUGCCAUUUUUUUCACGCAUUCAUCCUUAUAGAAGACUCUAUAAAACACUCUUAUUUUUCUAAGUGCAUUUUUUCCAUAUUAUUAUUCCUGCUCUUUACCAAAUGGACAUCUCAAUUUAUUCUUUUUUUUUUCUCUAUAGAUCUCUGUAGAUAUGUCUUCAGUUUCCCAUCAAUUCCCAUCAUAAAUUUUUUAAAAUAAACUUAAAAUAUCCUACAUGUAUUUUUAAUAUGACAUCUACUGUCCAAGUUCUAAUCUUUUCUAUUUUUUAUCAUUUUUGCUGUUAAUUUAAAAUAAUAACAGUUUCCAUUGCAACGAAUAAGCACAAAGGCAUAGUAUUAUUAUGAACUCAGUUUUGUCAGUAGUGAACAAUCUCUAGGUCUAAGGAAAAUGAUGGAAAUAAAGUCAACAUAUUCUAUUUUGAAAUAGUUAGGAAUCGUCAGAUGUGUUUCUAGUCUUUGGAAAAACAUAUUUCAGAAAAUUCAAAGAAAACUUAAUAUGUUUCCUCAGCCAGACUGCUGAGAAGAAAAAAUACUGAUGAACAAUUGGAGGCAAUGAGAAUGUAAUGCUAAUCAUGCUAAUUCUAACAAUUUUGAAGCCUCUCCAAACACUGCUCUGUGUGGCAUAGUUUGCGUUUAACCAUUUUGAAUGUCAUGUAUGUUUUUCAGAAUAUAAUGAAUACUAGUGAUCUUAUCCUGUCCUUUUGCCCUACCACAGAUGCAUAUAUACAUAUAUCUUCCAAAUAUUAUAUAUCAUUUCAUGUAACUUAUAGAUUCACUGAAGCCCAAUCUUUUGCUUGAAAAUGGAAUUCUUUGAAAGUGCAGCCUAAAUAAAUCUCUUCUGUAGUUUUUUAUUUAUAUUUAAUCAGCUGAAAAUAAUCUUAUCUACUGAAUUCCUAUGAAAUGCAACCUGAUCCUUUUCAUGACAUUUCUUUCUGCCUUCUAUUUUAACAUUAGAUUUAUCUCAGCUUCACUUCUAAGCCAUAACUUCUUUGAGAGCAUAGCUUAUGUUUGUAUCCCUGACAGAGGUUCAGUGAAUAAAGGAGAAUACGGUACUAGGAAAAAAAAAAAAA